AGCAAUCUAGCGGUCAUCUGUUCGUGGCGACUGUUGUUGUUUUUUUCUGCCCGCUAAUUAGCUUCGCACCGGUUGCAAUGAAAAUAUUUGCUUACCUGCUGCUAUUGGCCAUCCACAUCAACGGUUUACACGCCUCUAGGUCCUCCACAUCCCAGCACGCGAUUAUAAGCGAGUGCCCCGGCCACAGUGUGCCCCAAAUCCGAGCAGAAGCGGCGGACUCGGAAAUCUCGCUGCUUUUCUACUACGUGUCCUGGGCCAGUGAGGCACGUCAGGCUCGCUUGGUCUACAAUGGCCUGGCCCACUACUACCAGGAGUACGCCUUCUUCGGGGCCAUCGACUGCUGGCAUCUGCAAUGCAACUGUAGCCGCACGUUGAUGCCAGCGCCUGGAGUCGUCGGUGCAGGUGGUUAUCCAGACAAGUGGCCAACGCUAGUCGUUCGCUAUGGACAGAAGCAAAUGCUGCAGUACCAGGGCGCCUGGAUUUUCGAGGAACUUGCCCGGUUCAUGAACCACCUGCUCCACCCCCUGGAUCGGGCGCACAGCGGUCAGGAGCUGGCAGCCAUUCGAAAGCACUCGGAUGCAGUGGUUCUGGGCCUGCUAGAAUCGCCGGACGAUCAGGCCUACAAACGGUACCUGGCUGCUGGACUGCGCUGGCUGGAAUUGGAUCCGGAAAGGAAUAUCCGCUUUACCGUAAACUUCGGCAGCAGUGCCAAGAAGAUGAUGAAGGCGCCGGACACCAGACUGCCGCAAUUGUUAGUGAUCGACAGUCGGAAUGGAGUGCAUGCUUUUAAUAGUACUUCCAGCGAUUGGAAAACAAUUGACAUUCUGCGCUGGGUGCGAAACACUUUAAAGAACAUGUCGCUGUUUUCCAACGGUUAUGGUACUCCCAUGACCAUUGCCAUGAAGGCGCGGCAUGUUCCCGUGCUUGCCAUGGCAGUACGAAUGAAUCAGAAUCACCAUGCCAGUGUAAUGGGCGAGGAGAUGGCCACCGCUCAAAAAAAACAAUCUGAGGGAUGUGAGGACUUCUGGAACAAAUCAGAGGAGCAGGAGGAAGAAUCAUUCUCCAUAAUGCAAGUUCCCAAGGAGCUCUUUCCCGAGACGGGACAAGGGCAUUGUUGUUUUCAAGCUUUGCAGAGAAAAAGAGCAACUUUGGCCAACUACUAUCGUAUAAACAAGUACCUUAAUCACCUUUGGCGGCAGUACGCUCACCAGAAUCACAUAAAAAAAAGAAGUGUGCCUUCAUUACUUGGGCUUCACUCGCGUAAUCUUUGUUUGGCUCACACGCAGCAUGGAACGCCAGGCAUGAAGAUCGGCAUUGCCAAGAUGGUCACCAAGUACGGUCAGCUUAUAUGGCAGCAUUCAGCAGAGCACGCUGCUCACAAUCGGUCGCUGGGAGUGGUGAUAUUCGAUUCAUUCAAGUAUCGGGACUAUUUGCAUCAGCUGGGGAUUCAGCAGCACCAUCAGCAGGUCCAGGUUUUCAUCGUGGACGCGGCAGAGGAGUCGUUGUACGUGAUGCCACAGCAACAUACGUUCUCAUAUGUGGCGCUUAAAGAUUUUAUACGUCAGUUUUACGCCAAAACUUUGCCCAGAAUUCAUAGAAAUGCACCGGCCACUGUGGAUUUGGAGUUCGACAAGAAUUACAACAGACAAAUGUUGCUGCAGACGCUCCAGCGACCCAACGCAACCAACGUGGUCUUUAUGCAUCGUCCUGACUGCGCAUUGUCUGCCGUUCUGUCACAAGCUUUCCUCCAAGUUUCGGCUCUGCUCAGCAGCCCCGAGGUGCACUUCGUGCGCUUCGACAGUCAGUCCAACGAUCUGCCCUGGGAACUGGCCAUGCCGACAACACCCUCGUUGAUUGUCUUCCCUCAGUCAAAGCCGACCGAAUCCGUGGUGUUUCCCAACGAUGUAAGGAUCGAUGUCCAAAGUAUUUUUGCCUUUGUGAUAGCCCAACUGGAACCGGAACAGCAGGUGCGUUCGGUGCUAGUCAGUUGCAAAAGGCGGAUGCGGAACGUGCGAAGCUGUCUGGACUUUGCCCGAAACCUGGUGCUUCAGCACGUCAGUCAGUACCUAAAGUUCUGGGAGAUCUACGAGCGGGAAAGGGACGUCAUACUCUCCCACUUAAAAGAACUUAAUGACCUGCACAUGUCUAUCGAAAGCAGCAUUCGGUUAUAGCGAAAUCCCCCGCAACGGAACCUAAGUUAGUACUUGCUGUUAAAAAUUCCAGGGUAAGCAGCUGCUUGUCAGCUCUUAUGUAGCACGUAAGUCCAAAGUUGUCUCAUCUUAAGAUAUAAAUGUAAAAUAUAAAACUCAUAGAUGUAGCAAGUAACGCAAUAAUAAAAACAAAUCAAUUUAGUUCAA